AUGCGCACUGCCCGGAGUAGGCAGAAGAGUUAUACAGAUCAUCGUACUCGUACAUUGGAGUUUCAGGUUGGAGAUCAGGUUCUACUUAAAGUGUUUCCCAUGAAUGGAGUAAUGCGCUUUGGGAAGAAAGGGAACUUGUCACCGCGUUUUAUUGGUCCUUUCAUGAUUAUGAAUCGGGUUGGAGCUGUAGUUUAUCGGUUAGCACUUUUGGAUCACUUGCAUCACGUCCACAAUGUUUUUCAUGUUUCCAUGUGGCGAAAAUUUUUACGAGAUGAGGAUCGUUAUCAGCAUAUGGAUGUGGGUGAUAUUGAGUUGCAACCAGAUGCAACAUAUGUGAAGCCACCGUGUCGCAUUAUAGAUCGUAAGGAUCAUGUUCUUCGUCAUAAGGUCAUAUCGCUCCUGUCAACUAUAGACACAGCUAGGAAUGUUGUACGUGGUUUGACCGCACCUAUUGAGUGCUCAGGUAUGGCAAUGGAGACACAUUUGCCAUCAAGUUUGGUAGACAUCAUUGUCAAAAGUUCCAAGAAGUCCAUUUCAGGUGAAGGGAUUCCCAUCGAUGACAGUAGAAUUUGCUGGUCCUAUGAAAUCCGUCGUGACGUCUGGUAUGAUGCCAGCUAA